AUGUGUGAUGAAACAAGAACCUGUGUUCACUCUCCAGAAUUUUCCGCGGCUGCUUUUCUAGCACACGUUCUGGACACUGACACUCGUGGCAGCGUUCCCGGACGAGCUGCAGGUUGCUCUUCUUUCUCUUCAGUCCGUUUCUGGAAAACCCAAAGAAGUUUUACACAGUCUAAUUAUUCCAACCGGUUCGAGUCCAGCUUGCGGAAUAUACUCAACCUUCAACGAAAUAUCGCUAAACGUCUGGAGCAAGAAUCAACCGGAUCUGGAGGAGAGACUGCCGCAGUCGACAGACCGGUCUUUUCGUUGCACGAGCCUCGGACUGCGGACGCUGCGGUUAUGACUCCAGUACACUUUGAAACGGUCCAGAGGGACACUUCGUAUCACUGGAACGAAUGGGAAUUGAGGCGCAGAGCUCUAGAGAUCGCCGAUAUUCUCAACAGGACGACGAGGAGCUCACAGACGACAUUGUCGCACUGUCGUAUGGAACAGGAGACACAGGUUUACCUUCUUAAAGAUAAAGAGCAGAACACAAUGAAAUGCAAGGGGACCAGCGCCAUCAGAAAAAAGAAAUACAUAGUCGGUCUCCGAGGAAAAGCUGACAUCGCGGCGAAGACAGUCAAAAUCGAGUUAGACCUGUAA